GCAGGGGCGGUGCGCGGGGCUCUGCAGGUCCGGCCGCCUUCCCAGACUCAGCCUGGCCGCGACCACCGAGAGGGGCGCACAUCCGACACUCCCAGGCUGCUAGCACAAUACUUCUCAUCCCAUUUGUGUUGCUGAACAGAACGGCCUUGUUUUCUUGCAAGAUGAAAGGAGGCAACCAUGAAUGAGCCACUAGACGAGUUAGCAAAUGCUUCUGAUUUCCCCAAUUAUGCAGCUGCUUUUGGAAAUUGCUCUGAUGAAAAAAUCCCACUCAAGAUGCAGUACCUCCCUGUUAUUUACAGCAUCAUCUUCCUCGUGGGCUUUCCCGGGAACGCGGUAGCAAUUUCCACAUACGUCUUCAAGAUGCGGCCCUGGAAAAGCAGCACCGUCAUCAUGCUGAACUUGGCCUGCACAGACCUCCUGUAUCUAACCAGCCUCCCUUUCCUGAUCCACUACUACGCCAGCGGUGAGAACUGGAUCUUUGGAGAUUUCAUGUGCAAGUUCAUUCGCUUCAGCUUCCACUUCAACCUGUACAGCGGCAUCCUCUUCCUCACCUGUUUCAGCAUCUUCCGCUAUGUGGUGAUCAUUCACCCCAUGAGCUGCUUCUCCAUUCACAACACUCGAUGGGCAGUGGCUGCCUGUGCUGUGGUGUGGAUCAUAUCCCUGGUAGCUGUCAUGCCCAUGACCUUCCUGAUCACAUCCACCACCAGGACCAAUAGAUCCGCCUGUCUUGACCUCACCAGUUCAGAUGACCUGACCACUAUCAAGUGGUACAAUCUGAUUUUGACUGCAACCACUUUCUGUCUCCCCUUGGUGAUCGUGACGCUUUGCUAUGCAACCAUUAUCUACACCCUGACCCAAGGGCCGCAGACUCAGAGUUCCCUUAAGCAGAAAGCCCGAAGGCUAACCAUUCUGCUGCUUCUUGUGUUUUAUAUAUGUUUUUUACCCUUCCACAUCUUGAGAGUCGUUAGGAUCGAAUCCCGCCUGCUUUCCAUCAGCUGCUCUGUUGAGAAUCACAUCCAUGGAGCCUACAUUGUUUCUAGACCCCUGGCCGCCCUGAACACCUUUGGCAACCUAUUACUUUAUGUGGUGGUCAGUGACAACUUUCAGCAGGCCGUCUGCUCAAUAGUGAGAUGCAAAGCAAGUGAGGAACUUGAGCAAGCAAGGAAAGUCAGUUCCUCAAACAACCCUUGAAAUGCUUCCUUUAUCCAACCCCAAAUAAAAGCCUGCUAGUACUUUACCUAUACCUGCUAAGUCAUCCCGAAUAUCUCCCUCAAUGGAACUCCCAGUAAAUAUUGAGUAUUCAGGUAAUUAUACGCCAAAGCCAUGGAAAAGCUACUAGGUCUCUGUGAUUGUCCUUUGAAAUCUUCCCUCUGGUAGAUAUAAGGUGAGAUGCACGCAUGUCAGCAUGGUAUCCAGACACAGAAUUACAACUAUUGGAACGCAGGGGCAGGCAGCUCAGAGAGCAUCUAUCCCCACCAAUUUGUCCUACAUAAAUGGAAAUGGAAAUGAAAAUUUAUCACUUGCCCUGGGUCUCUCAGUAAAUUAAUGCCAAGAUAGGAGAAAACCAACCUUUUCAUUUAUAUCUUCAUGCACCUUCAUACCCUGGAGCCUAUCUGUGUUGAAAUCCUGGAGUAUUCAAAGCAUUACUUGUAUUUUUCUCAAUAUAUAUUUUUUAUUACUCAUAUCCUUACGAUGUUUCCUUCAAAUUUUGUUUUGUGAUAACUAAACUGGAUUUCCCCCCAACUGUGCUUUAGUCAGUUCUGUAAAUUAAAGCAAGCCAGGAAGAUGCACUUGCAAUAAUAAAAGGAUGUCAACGCAAAGAGCUGACGUUUUUAUCUGCCAGAUAUGUGGGCUAUUCUGACUUCAUUGUUGUAGAUAACUUUCAAAGUUGCCAUUGAGUUUGUAAAAAUUACCAUGUUGUUUUAGUAAUUAUCAGUAUAUCCUUGGAAAGAAGGGAGGGGGCACUUUUAGGGCCCAGAAGUACUUUGAAAUAUUGUGUAUGUAUUGAGUGUUGGGGUCAAAUCCAACAUUAUUUUGAGUGUUGUUUUACAAUUCUACAGGACAUACUAAUUCCCUCUAGAUAUCUUACUCUUUUGUGAUUAUAAUGAAAAUACGUCUGUUGACACAGCUAAAGCUAAUCUUGAAUUGUGUUUAUCCUUUGUUGUCAGUAAAUGUAAAUAUUUAAGAAAAUGCCUGGUAUGAAUACUUAAA